AUGGCGUCCGACCAGGAACAACUUCCCGUCCUUCCAGAGGACAUCACGACUGCUUGGCUCGGUUCCAAGCUGGGGCACGAGAUCAGAGCGCUAGAUUUGACAAGAAUUAUAUACGGCACAGAAACCAAACUGUUCUUCAACGUUUCGUACUGUGGCAAUGACGAAGGAACAGAAAGGCCAACUCAAAUCUGCAUGAAGGGCGUCUUUGACCCUGAUAUGAUCGCAGCUCAGCCAUGGACAAUCACCCUCGCCCAGCGUGAGGCCGAGUUCUACACUAAGAUGGCACCCAGCAUAAAGAAUAUGGGUUAUCCCAAGUGCUGGUGGGCCGGCUCCAGUGAGCGUCAAGGUAUCGCGAUCAUGAAUGACCUUAACGCCGAGGGAUGUACCUUCAGGGCUGUAAACGAAGCUUGGUCCGUCGAAGAAGUCAUCAGGGGCGUUGAGCAGCUGGCGGGCCUGCACGGUCAGUAUUGGGGAGCCAAGGUGGAGGAUCAUCCAUAUGCCACCAACGUCUACGACUCGUCUAUGCAAUUUCUAUGCAAGGACUGGUCUUCCAUUACUAAAGAUCCCGGUCGCCCGGUCAUCCCAAACGACCUCAUGGACGGUGAACGGUUCAAUCGGCUGCACGACAAGUACUUCGCCACUCGCAAUCCACGUUUCCGCACCAUUCUGCACGGCGACACGCACGUGGCAAACACGUACCUAACGGCUGAGGGUGAACCUCGCUGGCUCGACUGGUCGGCUGUCCAUGUCGGAAGUUGCUUCCACGACGUGGCGUAUUUCAUGUGUGGCGCCCUCAGUAUUGAGGACCGUCGUCGGAAUGAGAUGCACGUGCUGGGCUGCUACUUUGAUGCACUGCAUCGGUUUGGUGGCCCGCGCUUUGCUGUGGAGGAUGAGGAGGUGAUGAUUGAAUUUCGGAGGUCGUUUAUUGCGAACUGUAUCUGGGUCAUCUGUCCGUACGGCUUGCAGUCUAAGGAACAUGUGGAUGUCUUAUGCGAACGCACGGUGGCUGCGUGGGAUGACCACGAGGUGCUGUCCCUGAUCGAGUCACAGCCUCAUACUGUCAAGGCCUUAGCAGGUUAG